UAAUUUUCCUCGACCUGCCUUUGUGUUAUCGCUGGAAUAGUUACAAUGUUUUCGAGGGUUGGCCAAAAGCUUUUUUUUCCUUUUAGACAACAUUGUACUUAAAGAUAGUGAAAGUGAUUUCUAUAUGUUAAAUUUCAAAAAAGCAAAUAAGAGAAAAAAAAAGUGAGAAAAUGAGGGGUAAAAUUCUUCAAAUAUUUCAUGGAAAAAAGAAAAAGAAAAGUGAUGGAAGAACAUGUUGAAUGAGAAAAAUAUAGAGAAAAAAAAGAGGAAAAAAAUUGAAAGAAAUUGUAUGUGAAAAAAAGGAGAAAAAAGUAUCAAUAUGAUGGAAAUUUUGAUUAGUUAUAUGUGUUGAUUAUAUAAAAUUUAGUGUAAAAAUCAGGGAGAUAAAUGCAUUAUAUACCAGUCCCUGAAAAGUGUAACUGGGCUUGUUUGGACUGGAUGGAUGGAUGGAAGUAGCAUGUUAUUUAACAUGCUUCAACUUCUUGCAAGGGAUUUAGUUUGCUUCUUUUGAAGAGCUAAGCCAAGUCAACAUAUGCAAUCUAAGUUGCAAGAACAUCGUUGCUGGUGGUCGUGGUGGUCAUUGGAGUAUGAACCUCAGAUAUUUGUGGUCAUUUUUGCUGAUGCGGUUGAUUAUGCAUGCACACCUGAAGAAGUGCAGCAGCAUUUUCAAUCUUGUGGCACUGUAAACAGAGUAACCAUUCUGACAGACAAGUAUGGUCAACCGAAAGGAUUUGCUUAUGUAGAGUUCCUGGAAGCAGAAGCUGUUCAAGAGGCUCUUGUGCUGAAUGAAUCUGAAUUACAUGGCCGCCAGUUGAAGGUUAUGCCAAAAAGGACUAAUGUUCCUGGGAUGAAGCAGUACCGUCCAAGGCGAUUCAAUCCUUACAUGGGCUACCGGUCCAGGAGGCCCUAUGUACCGCCUUAUUUCUAUUCUCCUUAUGGAUUCGGGAAGAUUCCUAGAUUCAGGAGGCCAAUGCGGUAUAUGCCCUACUACUAGAAGACUGAGCAUCUCAUGACAUAAUUACCGAGUAUGGAUGGUUUGAUAGAGAAAGUAUAAUCUCAUGUAAGCCAUUCUGCUCAGAGGAUAUAACCAGGCAUUUCUAUUUGCUAUAUGCAAUUUGAAUCAUGUACUAUCUGCUGUAUGACAUUGCAAAUGUUUUCGAGUUGUUUGAGUUAAAUAAAUUGGACGAUAUAUGAUUA